ACUGAAAGCAUUCCAGAGUAGUGAGAGAGGUCCAGAGAUGAGAAAAGAGGAGGUGCCUCCCCCUUCCCGCCUCCAGCGCUGACCGGCUGGAGAGAAAGAGGCCGAUUGCACACUCCUACUCCGGCCCCACUUAAGGCUGCCAUGGGGCCCAAAGCUACUCUGCUCCUCUUCUUCCUUUUGUCAUGGACGGGACCCCUUCAGGGACAGCAGCACCACCUUGUGGAGUACAUGGAACGCCGACUUGCUGCCUUAGAGGAACGGCUGGCCCAGUGCCAGGACCAGAGUAGUCGGCAUGCUGCUGAGCUGCGGGACUUCAAGAACAAGAUGCUGCCUCUGCUGGAGGUGGCAGAGAAAGAGCGAGAAGCGCUCAGAACUGAGGCGGACACCAUCUCAGGGCGAGUGGACCGUCUGGAACGGGAGGUGGACUAUCUGGAGACCCAGAACCCGGCAUUGCCCUGCGUGGAGCUGGAGGAGACGGUGACCGGAGGCCCUGGGGCCAAAGGCAAGGGCCGGAGAAAUGAGAAGUACAACAUUGUGACAGACUGUAGCUACACCAUCUCUCAGGUGAGGUCAAUGAAGAUCCUGAAGCGGUUUGGUAGCCCCGCGGGUCUAUGGACCAAGGACCCACUGGGACCAGCAGAAAAGAUCUACGUGUUAGACGGCACACAGAAUGACACGGCUUUCGUCUUCCCGAGGCUGCGUGACUUCACCCUCGCUAUGGCCGCCCGGAAAGCUUCCCGAAUUCGGGUGCCCUUCCCCUGGGUAGGCACAGGGCAGCUGGUAUAUGGCGGCUUCCUUUAUUACGCUCGGAGGCCUCCGGGAGGACCUGGAGGGGGUGGUGGUGGUGACUCGGAGACUACUCUGCAGCUGAUCAAAUUUCACUUGGCCAACCGAACAGUGGUGGACAGCUCAGUGUUCCCUGCAGAGCGCUUGAUACCCCCCUACGGACUGACAGUAGACACAUAUAUCGACCUGGCAGCUGAUGAGGAAGGCCUUUGGGCUGUCUAUGCCACUCGGGAAGAUGACAGGCAUUUGUGUCUGGCCAAGCUCGAUCCACAGACGCUUGACACAGAGCAACAGUGGGACACGCCAUGUCCCAGGGAGAACGCAGAGGCUGCCUUUGUCAUCUGCGGGACCCUGUAUGUGGUCUAUAACACCCGUCCUGCCAGUCGGGCCCGCAUUCAGUGCUCUUUUGAUGCCAGCGGCACUCUCACCCCUGAACGGGCAGCGCUCUCUUAUUUUCCACGCCGAUAUGGUGCCCAUGCCAGCCUUCGCUAUAACCCCCGUGAGCGCCAGCUGUAUGCCUGGGAUGACGGCUACCAGAUUGUCUACAAGCUGGAGAUGAGGAAGAAAGAGGAGGAAAUUUAAGCAGCUAGCCUUGUGCGUUGCUUCUCUUAUCCCCAGACAUUUAUAUUCCUAUCAGAUCCCUGCUGUUAGUUCUUCAAAAUGAAGGCCUUUGGUGCCUUAUACACACUAUUCUUUAAAUGACAACCAAAUUCUCAUAACCACUCCGUUUUAUGCAGAACUCCAGACCUUUGAGUAACCUUUUGGAACUAAACAGCAAACACCCUAAAUCUUCACUCCUGCCCUCUCUUGCCCUGUACCCACAAAUUUUAGUUCCAAAUUCCGAGCCCUGACCUCGGGAUAGGGUCAACCCCGGAGGGCAGGCGGCAGUACUCUUGCCCUCAGCAUAACCCAAGGGAGAGGAAAAACUCAGACAA